GCCAGGCCGCUGGUGCUCGCGCCGCCUGUGCCUUUCCCGCCCGGGUCUCGUCGCUGUCGCCGCCGCUGCACCAUGGCUUUCGUAACCAGGCAGUUCGUGCGCUCCAUGUCCUCCUCGUCUGCCGCCUCGGCCACGGCGAAGAAAAUCGUCAUCAAGCACGUGACGGUCAUCGGCGGCGGGCUGAUGGGCGCCGGCAUCGCCCAGGUUGCUGCAUCAACUGGCCAUACAGUAGUGCUGGUAGACCAGACAGAGGAUAUCCUGGCAAAAUCCAAAAAGGGAAUCGAGGAAAGCCUUAGGAAAGUGGCAAAAAAGAAGUUUGUGGAAAACCCUAAGGCUGGUGAUGAGUUUGUGGAGAAGACCCUGAGCAGCAUGUCGAUGAGCACAGAUGCCGUGGCCGUAGUCCACAGCGCAGACCUGGUAGUGGAGGCCAUCGUAGAGAAUCUGGAGGUGAAGAACGAGCUCUUCAAAAGGCUGGACAAGUUUGCUCCUGAACAUACAAUCUUUGCCAGCAACACUUCCUCUUUGCAGAUCACAAGCAUGGCCAAUGCCACCACCAGACAAGACCGGUUUGCUGGCCUCCAUUUCUUCAACCCCGUGCCCGUGAUGAAACUUGUGGAGGUCAUUAAAACACCAAUGACCAGCCAGAAGACAUUUGAAUCUCUGUUAGACUUUAGCAAAACCCUGGGAAAGCAUCCUGUUUCUUGCAAGGACACUCCCGGGUUUGUUGUGAACCGUCUCCUGGUGCCAUACCUUAUGGAAGCAGUCAGGCUGCAUGAGCGAGGUGAUGCAUCCAAGGAAGACAUUGACAUUGCCAUGAAGCUGGGAGCUGGCUACCCCAUGGGCCCAUUUGAGCUUCUUGAUUAUGUUGGGCUGGAUACUACGAAGUUCAUCAUGGAUGGGUGGCACGAAAUGGAUCCAAACAACCCCCUGUUUCAGCCCGUCCCAUCCAUGAAUAAGCUGGUAGCAGAGAAGAAGUUUGGCAAAAAGACUGGAGAAGGAUUUUACAAACACAAAUGAUGCUCAGCUUUUCCGGCUCCAGGAAGAACCCCGUGAGCAUGUACCAGCCAGCGCCUGAGUGCCCGCGGGAAUGCUCCUUGGUCAGCCAUUCCCUCCCAGAGCACAGUCGGUUCGAUAUGUAUUUUGAUUGUAAUGUAUCUGAAGCAAUUAUGUACACUAGUUACAGUAAUAACAGAUUCCUUCAUUGAGAAUUAAUUCCCUUUUUUUUUAGUCUCUUCAUUUCUGUGUAUUUUCUGAAAAGCUUUACACCCUUGGUGCCUUGGAGUAAGCAUUUCUUUUGAAUCUUGUUAUUUUUGUAAAGAGUUGCCUGAAUUCAUUCACUCAUAAAGGGGAAGCACUUCCUCCGAGAGUGAGAGUGUGCAGUGUUCAUCGUUACUUCGAGGGAGAGUCAUGAGCCAUUUGCACGCGUGCGGUGUGUCUGUGACAUGCUGCAGCGGGCAGCACCUAAAUCUUGCCUUUACAAGAACAUUUUGCUACCUGUAGCUUCAGGCCUUCCGCUGCAUUCUGACAUGAGCUGUUAGGUCUUUAUUCAACUCAUCAUCAAGAUGCUGCUGUGGAUUGGUGGGAAUGUCUCUGUGCUUGGAUUGCAGGUUGAGGCCUACUUUCAUGGUCAUUCAGAUACACAAAUCUUAAUUACUGUCUGUCUCUUUCUAAUUUCUUUUUUGUGAGAAAUAUGUGUUGAAAACUGCCUAUAAAUUGACUCUGAUGAAGUGCAGUCUUUUAAUCUGUGAAAUCUUGAAAUAAAAAUGUAUAAUUUAAAAUUGUAA